UUUCAGACUUUCAAUCUAAAUGCUCAGAACUUAGUGUUAAUCCAAAUAAAAUUUCUGUUUUAAAAAAAUGGAAGAAGACGUAGUGGAGUCGUGUGAAGCAACACCGACAAAUUCCACAUAUGGAACACCUGUUCGUGUAGCAUCGCCCCUUAUUCAUAACGAAGAUGACGUCAUCCCGACGACUGCCGUGGAAAAUUCCUUAUACUCGAAAUGUAAUGCAGUACAGGAACAAGAAUUUGAGAGAUUAGAGUCGCAAAAUGCAGAAUAUCGAGAAAAGCUGCUGAGAACAAUUCGAGAACGGGAUUUGAAUGAGGAACUUUUGAAAAAUGUUCAAAAUCAGCACAAAAAAGAGUUGGAUGCUCAAGUGCGAAGAAUUCGAGAAUUAGAAGUUCAACUCAAAACCACAACGGACAGAGGACUGGCUCAGGAAGCACAUUUUAAUGUGACAACUAAAGAAAUGUCACAGAAAUUUAAUUUGGCUCUUCAGCAGGCCACAAAAAAAGCCGAACAAUGUGAUAAGGAAAAGAACGAAGCGGUUGUAAAAUAUGCAAUGAGAGAAGGAGAAAUGAUGAAGUUAAGGGACGAAAUUUCCAAGAAAGAUAGUAAUAUGAAAGUGAUCAAAGAGGAAUUGGAAGCUGCAAGGAAAGCACAGAGUCAGGAAAAUUUGGAUGAUUUGGAGAAAACCGUGCAGAACUUGAAAGUCGAGAUUGAAAAGUUGAAGCAUGAACGUUUUGAUUUUGAAAAUCGAAUGAAGAUUGCCGAGAAACGAGUUGAGAGUUUAUCAUCCAACCUAUCAGAGUCCAAACAACAGGGAGAUAUGCUCAGAAAGCAACUGAUUCAGGCAAAGGAUGAUAAACAUAUUAUUCAGCAAUACGAAGUAAAGCUUCAAACAAGUACUGCUGAACUUGAACGUCGACUCCGAGAAUCUGAGCAUGACGUAGAACGACUCCGAACUUCUCAACUGGAAAUGGCAACUAAAUUUGAAGAGGCUUCAAGAGAAAAUACGGAUCUUCUUUCCAAAAUUGACAUUCUUCAAGACCAACUGAGUUUAGAAGAGGAUCGGCGGAAGCUUUGUGAAGAGCAAAUCGAUCGAUUGAAAGGAGUUGAAAGUUUUGUGGAGAGUAGUAGCCAUCGAAUUGAAGAAACCGAAAAAGAACGAGAGACUGCAGAAGAAGAUCGAGAACAAGCGGAACUUGAAGCUGCAGAGUAUAGGGAGCAAGUGGAGAAAAUGUUGAAAUUGACACAGGAGUUGACGGAGAGGAAUAUGGAGUUGCAGAGGAAGUUGAAAGAUGAAGAAGGGAAGAACACAUCCCACAAUUCUACUAUCGAAAAACUUCAAGUUGAGCUAACAACAAGCUUGGAACUUUGCAAAUCGUUUGAAGAGACCAAUUUGAAAAUUUCAGAGGAACUUGAAAAUUUAAAAACAGAAAUGCAAAAACCAGUGACAUUGGAGUCACUUGAAGAAAAUUUUUAUAGGGAUAAAUAUGAUGAAGCUUCGAGAAAAUUGGAACAAACAGAAGCUAAGCUUGCAGAAGAGAAGAACAACUUCUCUGCAUUUAAGAAGAAAACGAGUGCAACUUUGAAAGAGCUCAAAUCCGAGUUGAGUGGAUAUCGGAAGAAUAAUGGAGCUGGAGACUCUGGAGCGGCUCUCGGAGCACACGUUUUGGCACCGCCAACUUCUUCGGAUCCUUCAAUGUCUUCGAGGUCGAGGGCUAGUUCAAUUACUAGUAUUGAUCGGGUUACGAGUACAUCCCGUGAGGAAGAGGUCUCUUCAGCAGCUGGAGAAGAAGCCAAACGUAUUGAAAACGAGGAGCAAAAGCUGAAUAUGCAACAGAUUAUGAUCGAUAAAAUUGUAAUUUUGCAACGAAAAUUGGCUCGGAGGACUGAAAAAUGCGAAUUUUUGGAAGAACACGUCAGACAGUGCCUCGAAGAACUUCAGAAAAAGACCAAAAUAAUUCAACAUUUUGCACUUCGAGAAGAAGCUUCACUUCUUAUGCCAUCUGAAGGAUCUUUGGAGAAGUUAUUCGCAAAUUGUGAAUUUGUUCAAGUUCCAAUUGGUCGUAAAAGUGCUGCAUACGCUCUGAUGGGUGCCAUGUUCACGUCUUCCGGAAAUGAAAAGAAGCAAGUUCAAAUUAUGACGGAAGUGAAUUCACGGCUUCAGGCGGUUCUAGAAGAUGUUAUUCAGAAGAAUAUAUUAAUGAGGAGCUCCGUGGACACUUUAUCAGCUGAUAACACCCGUUUAUCACGUGAAAACCGACUGCUAAGCCUAUCGCAAGUUCGAACAACUCAGGAUAAUUAAUUGCAAAAAUUAAAAUUGAACACUUUAUUUUUGUGCCUUUCUCUAUUCAUUCUCCCCAUUUUUUCAUCAUCAUCAUAUCCCAAAAGUUUUCCGCCAAAAUAAAGUGACUAAACCCAU